UCUCUCUCUCUCUCUCUCUUAAGUCUUAAAUCUUAAUAGCUUUAGUGGGUUUUUGCUGGUGGCAUAAAUCAAUGGCGGUGCUGUUUGUUCUUUUACUUUUAGCAGUUUCUGCUGCUACAGCUGAUGAAGAUGCAUUCAUUGGUGUGAACAUUGGAACAGAGCUCUCAGACAUGCCACACCCUACACAAGUUGUAGCCCUCCUCAAAGCCCAGCAAAUUCGACACGUUCGUUUAUAUGAUGCUGACCGUGGCAUGCUCAUUGCACUCGCUAAUUCAGGCAUUCAAGUUAUUGUCUCUAUCCCCAAUGAACAGCUCCUUGGAAUUGGCCAAUCGAAUUCAACUGCGGCUAAUUGGGUCUCUCAGAAUAUUGUAGCUCAUUAUCCUGCCACUAACAUCACAGCCAUAUGUGUAGGCUCUGAGGUCCUUACGACCCUUCCCAAUGCAGCAAAAGUCCUUGUCAAUGCCCUCAAGUACAUUAACUCAGCCCUCGUUGCUUCCAAUCUCGACCGGCAAAUCAAAGUCUCGACUCCUCUUUCUUCCUCAAUUAUCCUCGAUUCAUUCCCACCUUCCCAAGCCUUCUUUAACAGCUCAUGGAAUUCAGUUUUGGUCCCUAUGCUCGAGUUCUUGCAGUCGUCAGGAUCGUAUCUCAUGCUGAAUAUUUACCCUUAUUAUGAUUACAUGCAAGCAAAUGGUGUUAUUCCAUUGGAUUACGCCCUCUUCGAGCCUCUCUCUCCUGAAAAAGAGGCUGUCGAUUCUAACACGUUGCUCCAUUACUCCAAUGUGUUUGAUGCAGUGGUCGACGCAACCUAUGCUGCUAUGGCUUCCCUCAACUUCACUAACACCCAAGUGGUGGUGACGGAAACAGGCUGGCCUUCCAAGGGUGAUUCAAAUGAACCGGAUGCAACCUUAGAGAAUGCCAAUACUUACAACAGCAAUCUGAUAAGGCGUGUUCUGAACAAAACUGGAACUCCCAAACGUCCAGGGCUUGCUGUUAGUACUUUCAUCUACGAACUCUACAAUGAAGACAAAAAGCCUGGACCUGUCUCUGAGAAAAACUGGGGAUUGUUUGAUGUAAAUGGUGUGCCAAUCUACAUUAUGCACUUGACAGAUUCCGGGAAUGUGUUGGCCAAUGAUACUACCAAUCAAACUUACUGUGCCGCAAUGGAAGGUGCCGAUAAAAAGAUGCUGCAGGCUGCACUGGAUUGGGCUUGUGGUCCUGGCAGAGUGGAUUGCUCACCUUUGUUGCAGGGACAGCCGUGCUAUGAACCCGAUAAUGUGGCUUCUCAUGCAACUUUCGCUUUUGAUGCUUACUAUCAUAAGAUGGGGAAGGCUGCGGAUGCAUGUGACUUCAAUGGGGUGGCUACAAUUACAACUACGGAUCCAAGUCAUGGUUCCUGUGUUUUCCUAGAAAGUCUUGGCAAGAAUGGCAGCACACUGGCAAACGUUACAGCCCCAACGCUCAAUUCCACUAGCUUGGAUUCUUCUGCAAGUGAUUUUCGAAGUGGCGCUUUUACAAGUAUCGCAAUUAUGAUGCUUCUUAUAUGUUUGAAGCUUAUGCAAUUCUGAUGUGAAAAGAUUUUGCGAAUAGAUAGAAAAGUAGCAUGGUAAGCUUUUGUUUAAAAUGGUGACCACAUAGUUUUUAAAGGAAUUGGUGCACAGAAUUUUGUACAAAACGAGUUGAAGAACCGGCAUUGGCAUUGAUGGUGUUCCUAUUCUCUUAUGUUAGAUUUUUUUUCUUCUUUU